GAGAGAGAGUAAGGGAGGAAGGUACAGAGGGAGUAGUGUCUUAAUCAGUGUUAUUGUUGUUAUAGUUACACACGCACCCAGGUUUUCAGGUCUGUCGUCAAGGCAAAGUUGCUUGUAAACUAUAGUUCGCUUACUUUGUAAUAGCAAAAAAUUACAAUUUGUUUUAAUUACAUGUUGUACAAACAGGCUAUCUUUUAUCUUUUAUCUCCUAGGAUCUAUGAGUGUAAUCAGAACUGUGCUUGUGCAAGUCAAUGUUUCAAUCGAGUGGUACAGAAUGGGAUACAGCUGCGACUACAAGUAUUUAAAACAGAAAACAGGGGAUGGGGACUCAGAACUUUGGAUGACAUACCCUUGGGUACUUUUGUCUGCACAUAUGCUGGACAGAUCCUUAACGAAGACAUGGCUAAUAAGGAGGGAAGAGAUUUUGGAGAUGAGUAUCUUGCCGAGUUAGAUCACAUUGAGGUAGUUGAGAAAGCGAAGGAAGGCUACGAGUCCAACGUAUCAGACCUGGAAGAGGAUGACAGUGUAAUUUAUCAGACUCUUUGUGCAGACAGCAGUUCUUCAGGGACAGCUUCAGCAAAUACUGGUGAAAGUUCGUUAUCCGGAGAUGAAUCCUCUGAGGUGGAUUCUGUGUUGAGUGAAGAAAGUUACAGCUCCGGACGAAACUUGAGAGUUGGUGACGGUGAAAACAUUCCACAUAAAUCAUCCAGAAGAAAAAAGAGAAAGAGAUCAGAAAGGAAGGGUGAAAAGAGGAAACGCAUUCUUCAAGGAGAAGAGUCGUUAAUGGUCGAAGGAGACUCAAAAGCGGUCGGCUUGUCGAACCUUGCUGACGAAAACUGGUGUUAUAUAGCCUUACAGCGUAACCAGAAGGACGCGGCGGCUUAUCUAAAAAAGGUGAUAACAAUUGAAAAGAAUGGUAAUACUGGUGUACAGGUUGGCGCGGACAGCCUCCCAGAGGUGAAAGAAGACGAAGUUAACGUCGAGCGAGAUGAGAAAGAGAAAGAAGGUAACAAGCAGAUGAAAGAUGACGAAAAGAAUGUCGGUCAAAGUAGCGACUUUGACUUUGAUGACGUAGAUGAGUCGUUUUGCCAGAAGUUGAGGAAUAACACUUUAGAGAAUAGUCCAUUAAAUAGCGAGUUAAAUAUCCCAGGUCCUACGAAAGAAGAAAAUAUCACGCAGCAGCACGGACAAGAAAAAAAUCUGGAUAUUAUUGACUUGACAAGCGAUAAUGAACUUGAUAAUGAAGAAUUUUCGCAGCUUAGAGAGAGUGACUUUCCCUUGAAUCCUUCUCGAGAACAAACUCUUCAACCACAGAUCAAACGUGAAGUAGCUACGCUUGAACCAGAAAAACUAGACAAGCAGGAAAAACUGGACAGUCCUGUAAAACCCGUUGAAGAUACGAAUUCGGAUUCUGCACCGUCGCUCAUCUCUGCUGAAGAUCUCUCCAAACUUGCUGCCAAAAAUGCUACUGUCGCUGAUGAACCCCCAAUAUUAACUAAAAUGAAUCCUGCAAUUCGUCGGGUUCCGAAUCAGUUAGACGACAUGAUAUUGCGCUUGAAAAAACGCGUCCUGAAGGCACAGCCGUCCCAGUCUGACUCCGGAGUAAGUAGCGCAGACAGACCAACCGUCGUGGACUUUGAACGGUCGGGCUUAGAAGUCCUCGAUAAACGUUUGGCAGUGAAAUCUUCCCUUCUCGAAACUGCUGUAGGAAUUGGGGCAGAACCCUUAUCUGAACCUUCUUCUCCAGAAACAGAAAACAUGGAAUCCUUUCCUCCUUCACCGUCAAGUUUACGGUCAGAUUUAUCCAAAUCCGAAUCGCUAGAUCGGAAGUCGGAGAUUUCUACCGGAAGUUCAAGGAGAAGCACUGGGGCAUCUAAGCAACCAGCGAAAAAGCUAAAGACAAACAAUCCAAAGAUCCAUUCUCAACAGAGACCCACUACGAACACUCCUCCUUCGCUAAAGGCUUCGCCUAACACACCCUCGCCAUCACGCCCCUCGCUGUCACGUCAGUCCUCUGUUAGCAGCAAGAGACUGAGCACUAGAGUGAUGUUUGGAGAAGAACAUUGCUACGUCAUAGACGCUAAGGGUUAUGGGAACUGCGGUCGAUAUUUAAAUCAUAGUUGUUCACCAAACCUGUUUGUCCAGAACGUGUUCGUAGACACUCACGAUCUUCGUUUCCCAUGGGUGGCAUUUUUCACUCAGCAGAACGUUGCAGCCGGAACUGAACUGACCUGGGACUACGCUUACGAAGUUGACAGUGUCAAAGGCAAAGUUUUACACUGCUAUUGUGGGUCAGCGGAAUGCCGUGGGAGACUUCUGUAAGCUCGCUCUUUCUUGCUCAGCGGUGAACUGAUUUUGACUUCCGUUCAUGGUGGAUUAUCCGGCAGAGAUGGCUGAUCGUAAUGCACUGCUCUCUGGAAAAACAUAUUUGUGCGUUCUUGAGCCUGGAAAAUAACGCGUGGCCCAUUGGUUAGUCCCCUGAAAUUUGGCUGAGGUUCCUUUUAAAACAACGACAGCCUCGACGUCGGGCACUAGACCCAGUUCUUCUUGCUCGUUUCUAAGCUUUAUCAUCAAACGUUGACUAUUCGGGGUUUUCAGAUACUAGUAUGCCACCAUCUACGUGUCUUUUUACUCAUGAAUGUUUUUGUAGUUACCUGGUUCCACUUUGACAGCAUGAUUUGAAUUUUUAUGGUUCGAAAUUGUGGAGCCUUCGAUCAGGGGGCCCUGUAUGGCGGCUCAUUCACCGUGGUUUUUGGAAAGAAACGCGGGCGAUGACUUUUUUGGAUAUGUUUGUACAAUUUUCAUCGCAUUUUUUAACAGAGACUUCACAUCAUGUUGUCAUAGCGCAUUUACCGUAACCGUGACCGCCCUGGCGGUGAAAAACCAAUCAGAGGGCAGAACUGAAGUGAGACGACUGAGUCCACUAUUUUCAUUUUCAACCAAUCAAUUGUCGAGUUCACUGCGAGAAAAUCCUCGUUUAUUUAUAGGUGGUUUUUACUCGGCAACGGAGUCAGUUGAAUGUCUAGUUCAAACCGUUGAUGUUUCAGAACUUACGUUGGCUCUCGGAAGGUAAGAGUUUGAAUUGAAAGAAUUGUGCUGCAUUUAGCUUUUACUGAGUCGUCGGCAGGUUUAGGAUUUUAAAGAAAAGAAACGUUGAAACUUUUAAGAAAGCAAAGUGAAUGCUGGGAUUGACUCGUUACGUAUCGAGGAGAGCACCUUCAAAUGUUUUUUUAGCCAUGUGGCCAAGGGUUUCGGGACAUGCUCUUCAAAGUGUUUUUCGAUGUUCCUCCUUCAUUAGACUUUCCGUCUGGUUACUUUUCCAAACAAUCCUCCUUGAUGCUCUGUCGUGCGAAAGUUUCCUUGUUGGGUGGGUGUUCUGCAAAAAUUUGCGUACAGCUUACAUAGCGAGAGUCAGUUGAAACAAUAUUCAUGAAUUGUUUUUGUUAGUUUUGCAUGUGUGAAGUACCACUUUGGAUGUGUAUAGUAUCGCUUUUUUGGAUUUGAUAAAGACUUUUUUGCUGGACAUUUCUUGAUUGUUGUAUCAGCAAUUUAUAUGGAUGUGAUUAGUGUUUCUCCUUAGGUUCCUAACUUCUCCCAGUCCAAACUCCACAGAAUGUCCAAAUUCCCAUUGAGAAAAGUCCUGUAGAAACCACAAAACAACCACACUAGAUUUUUCCCAUGGCGUAAGCACUUCUCCCAUAAAUCCGGGUCUUUUAUUUCUAAACUGUCAAUCAGUUCGCGCGAGUAACAUAACUUUCGGUUCGCUUUUUCAAAAGUUCUUUUAGAAAAAGAAGGAACAGAAAAUGAUCCUUAACAUUUUGUACUAGCUAGUGUAUAAGGAAAUAUUCUGAACAUAUUUUUGGAUUAAAUUAUAGACACGAAAGUGUUGAAUUUAUAUACCAGUAAAUAUUUCUUUUGAUUGUAA